AAACGGCAAAGUGCGGAAAAAAGCAUGAGGUUUCUUCAAAUGCGUAUAUCGCGGACGUCCAGCGCCUGACCAAUCGCAGGGAAGAACGACGAUCGCGCUCUGCGUUUCUCUCGCCGGAGCUCCCUUUUUCUCCUUCGUCCCUCGUCUCGUUCGCCUCAUCACGUUCCGAGGAACGAAAAUGUCCCGCAGAGAAGACAAAGGAACAAGAAAAAGGAGGUCUGAGCUGGAGGAGUAUGAAGAUCGAUAUUAUCAAGAAUUGAAAGGACGUUCGAUUAGGAUUAAUGUUUCUGAUUCUCUUUAUAAGUGCCCUUUCUGCAGAAGUGCACAAAGGCGUGACUAUUGUUAUGAAGAUCUUUUAAAGCACGCCUCGCGCAUUUCUAAGGACUCGAAGGGGAUUAGUACAAAGGAGAUUGGCAAGCACUUGGCGUUGGAGAGAUACCUUAGAAAGCACUUCUCUAGGAAAGUUAAUGCCGAAGAUUCCACCAACAUAGGACUGUCUUCGGCUAAGAACGAUCAGCAGUUGAGACUCUCUUCGGCUAAGAACGAUCAGCAGUUAAGACUCUCUUCAGCUAAGAACGAUCAGCAGUUUGUCUGGCCCUGGAUGGGUGUAAUUGCGAACAUUAAGACUGAAGUUAAGGAUGGAAGAUUUGUUGGAGAGAGUGGUACCAAACUCAGGGAGGAGUUGGAAAAGAAAGGAUUCAACCCUGUGAGGGUGCAGCCCUUGUGGAACUACCAGGGUCAUUCGGGACUAGCAGUUGUUGAGUUUAAUAAGGACUGGGUGGGCUUCUGUAAUGCGAUAGCUUUUGAGAAAAGUUAUGAGACUGAGCGCCGUGGGAGGAGGGACUUUUAUGUCUCUAAGGACAGGGGAGACAAGCCGUUUGGUUGGUUGGCAUAUGAUGAUGAUUACUAUUCAAAAGGCAUACUGGGAGACCACCUUAGAAAGAAAGGGCACUUGCGAACUUUGUCUGAUAAAGAGGCUGAAGAACAACGCAAACGGUCAAUGCUUGUUGCUGACUUACAGAAGACGUUGGAGAUCAAGAGUUCGCGACUUCUAGAGAUGGAGAGCAAGUACAAUGAAACAAAGCAUUCUCUCGACAAUUUAGUGACACAAAAGGAUGAAAUGCUGAGGGCUCAUAAUGAAGAAAUAAAAAAGAUGCAGCAGAAUGCCCGGAAUAAUCUUGAGAAGAUAUACCUGGAGCAUGACAACGUGACGCUGCAUUUGCAAGCUCAAAAACGCAAGCUUCAGCAGCGGGAACAAGAGUUGGAAUUGCGAGAGUUUCAAAAUGAAGGCAAGAGGGCAAAGCUUAGACAUGAUAGGGAAAUGGUUGAAAGGGCAUUUUUGGAGCAGCAGAAGGUGGACAAUAAUUUCAUGAGGCUGGCAGAAGAUCAGAAGAGCGAAAAGGAGAAACUUCACAGGAAAAUUUUUGAGCUUGAAAGAAAACUCGAUGAUAAACAAUCGUUGGAAUUGGAGAUUGAGCGCAUGAGAGGCGCUCUGCAAGUUAUGAAACACAUGGAGGAUGAUGAAGACGUGGACCUCAAACAGAAGAUGAAGGAGAUUGAGGAAAGCUUAAAGGAAAAGGAAGAAGAGAUGGAGUUCAAUGAAGAACUUAGUCAAACGCUCAUUGUUAAGGAGCGGAAGACCAAUGACGAAUUGCAGGAUGCUCGCAAGGAGCUGAUUAAAACAUUGAGGAAUAAUACAAGUCGUGCCAUGAUUGGGGUCAAAAGGAUGGGAGAACUUGACAGCAAGCCGUUCCUCAUAGCAGCAAAAAGAAAAUUUGCCGCGGAAGAAGCAAAUGAAAAGGCCAUUAUGCUCUGUUCUAAGUGGGAAGACCAUCUCAGAGAUCCUGAAUGGUACCCCUUUAAGGGCAUAACAGAUGGAGAGCAUCGCAAGGAAAUUAUAGAUGAAGAAGAUGAAAAGCUAAAAGCCCUUAAGGAUGAGUACGGUGAUGAGGUCUUCAAGGCAGUAUCAAAGGCCAUCGAAGAGCUGAAUGAGUACAAUGGCAGUGGCAGGUACAUCGUGCCCGAGCUGUGGCAUUUUAGAGAAGGAAGAAAAGCAUCUCUUAAAGAGGGAGUUGCUUACCUUCUCAAGCAAUGGAAACCCCGGAAGAAGAGAAAUUAGAGACUCUUAAGGUACUCAGGUGGGGAGUUUGGCAUCUUCAUCAUCCUACUUGUUGCGGAAACACAUCUCAUGAUGCAGUUGUUGAGUACUGAUACUUGAUUUCUAAAGCUGACUGGAGGUAGAUUCUAGGAGUAGAAUUAGGCCAUUUGAAGUAGACGUACUUGCCGUUCCCUUCAAUUAGACUAAAAGGGGAAAAAACAAUCUUCCCUUUGACUUUAUGAGGUGUAUUUACAAUUUGAUUCCUCUCUAUCAAUGACUAUCAUAGCUGCAUCGUUUGCUAUGUGCAAA